AUGUCGAAUUUGUCAAAGCUUGAGUUUGUGGCACUUGACAUUUCUGGAAAUAAUUACCUAUCAUGGUUUCUCGAUGUUGAGAUUCACUUAGCCGCUAAAGGCCUUGGUAACACCAUUACUCAGGGUAAUGAGGCAUCAAGCCAAGACAAAGCGAAGGCCAUGAUUUUCCUUCAUCAUCAUUUGGAUGAAGGUUUGAAGGUUGAAUAUUUGACAGUGAAAGAUCUACUUGAAUUGUGGGUUGGCCUGAAGGAAAGGUAUGAUCACAAUGCUACGGUAUUGCCAAGGGCUCGAUAUGAGUGGAUGCACCUAUGGUUGCAAGAUUUUAAGACCGUAAGUGAGUAUAACUCUGUUGUAUUUCAAAUAACUUCCCAAUUGAAAUUAUGUGGGGAUGUUAUGAAUGAUGAAGAUUUGUUGGAAAAGACUCUUACGACUUUUCAUGCCUCAACUAUGGUAUUACAGCAGCAAUACCGUGAAAAGGGUUUUAAAAAGUAUUCUGAAUUGAUCUCAUGCCUUCUGGUGGCUGAGCAACAUAAUACCCUUUUGCUGAAAAAUCAUGAAGCCCGUCCCACAGGAUCAGCUCCGCUUCCUAAAGCAAAUAUGGCAGCUAGACGUGAUAAGUCUGAAAAAAGGCAGAAUAAUAAUCAUGGCCAUAUGAAUGUACGUGGGCAUGGCAAUGGUAAGAGACGAUAUAAUAGUCGUCAUCGUGGUGGUCAUGGCAAUGGUAAGAGACGAUAUAAUAGUCGUCAUCGUGGUGGUCAUGGCAAACGAGAGAACAAUAUGGAUUCUCAAAACAAUCCUUCAAGAGGCAAAAGCGGGCCUUCAAACAGAAAUGAUGACAAUGCCGAGGCAAAUCUUGCUUUGAAUGAUGAUGAUUUUCAAGGCCUCGAUGAUCUUACUCAUUUGGAAGUAGAAGAUUUCUUUGGAGAUCAAAACUAA